AUUUUAGUAAAUGUUCUUUUCCCGUAUAAAUGUUUUGUUAACCGGUAAAUGAACGCAGACAUCAGAAUUACGCUGUGAAAAUGGCUCAUAUACACGAAGCUGAAUUUGGUUUCCGAUUCGGGAAAUGGCUAAAGGGUUAUUCCACCUAAUUUUUCACUAGCUUCCGCAUCUUAUUCGAUUCUAGUUUAAAAACUACAACACCUGGACUCUUCAGACCUGAACUGGAUUAUUCUGCUCUAACAGCAGAAUAUUCAGAACCUUGUUUGGGAUUUGUGAAACCUUUUUCUAAUUAGUUAAACUUCAAUAAAGGUUGAUUUCACCACUUUUUGGAUCUCUUUCCCUAACAUUGAUUUAGAUUAUUCCACACAAGGUGGCAAAGACUCUUAUUUAUAUGAAAUUCUUUCACUCUGUCUAAAGUAAAAUAGCUCCUGUUUUUGUUUUGAAGGUUUCAUAAAGACCAUGUGAGGAAGAAGUGGGGAAUGUCUUUAAGGAGAGACGGAUUCACUGCACUGAUGAAUCUCAGCUGCUGAAUCUCUCUUAAGCCUUUGAUGCAAAACAUGGGUCAAAAGUGACCCGGCUGAGUUUUUAUCUUCUAUAUCUUUGCAAUAAAUUAAUUUCAUCAUUCAGUAUUCAAGGUAUUCCUCAAUUAACUUGUUUUUGAUCAUCAUACAUCCUUAAUUAAUUUUUUCCUUUCUUACUUUUUGAACAAAAACCCUUUUUGUAUCACUACCCUUCUAACGCACAAAAUGGGUCAAAAACGACCCGCAUUCAUUUUCCAGGUUACUUCAUGUAUGGUUGAGUGUUUCUAUGAUAUACUUUUGAAAUAAAUUAAUUUUAUCAUUUACGUUUCCAGAUAUGCAGUAAAUAUCUUGUUUUUGUUUACCACAAAUCAUAAUUUUUAUUUUUUCUUUCUUAAGUUAUGAACAAGCACAGCUUUUGUAAUUCUACAUCAAGUUUACACACAUGGGUCAGAAACGACCUGCAUGCAUUUACUACAGCAUUUGGUGGGAACUGUCCUUGUGUCUUGACCAUCGUUGGGACUCUUCGCCAGAACAAGCCUGACAUACCAUCUAUCAUGAAGCCAUCCAAAUCACGGGAGCUUCAUAGCUCGGAAUUUGGAUUCCAUGGCAACAUGACCAUGGUGAGCUAUGUGCAGAAGAAAGGAAAGGCUGUUGUCCUACUGAGCACCAUGCAUGAUGACAAAGCAGUGGAUAACAGCAGUCAGAAGAAGAAACCAGAAGUGAUCCAGUACUACAAUAAAACGAAAGGAGGAGUGGACACAAUGGAUCAAAUGAUUAGCAACUACACAUGUCUGCGGAGAACAAGGAGGUGGCCCAUGGUUCUCUGGUACAAUAUGCUGGAUGUUGCCACACUCAGUGCCUACACCAACUUCAGUGCACAACACCCUGAUUAUAUGGGUGGUGCGAGUAAUGCACGACGACUAUUUAUCAAGGAGCUGGGCAAAGAGCUCGUCAUGCCACAUAUGAAGAGGCGCCUGGAGGGCACACCCAAACUCCAGAAGCAUAUUAUUGAGGCAAUGGGAAGGUGUGGGUUAAAAAAAGACACAGCCACCACUCAGCUACAAGAGGACAUCAGACAGGAGGGCCAAAGGAAGAGGAAGAGGAAGAGGUGCGCGAUCUGCCCAGUUUCGAAAGACAGAAAAGCCAGCAGCUAGUGUUCCCAGUGCACUAGGCCGGUGUGCAAGGAGCACAAAAAAUUAGUGAUCAUUUGUGAGGCAUGCAAAAAUUGAGAUGGCAGUUUUUGUUCUACUAAUGUGUUCAGUUGUGUUUUAUUUUGUUUGGUCACAUUUCACCAGUUUACAGUUGUUCAAGCACAGAUAAUGUUCAGUUCAAUAGCUGUUAUCUGUUAUCAGGAUUUAUGUGUAUGUGUGAUAAAAUGACAAACGUGUUGCAAGUAUUAAAUAAAUAACUGUUUGGCCCCA